AUGUCGGCUGCCACCAUGAACGGCGGCGAUGUCGCCAGCAAGACCAACUCCUCCACCCCGACCACUGCCUCCAAGCAGCAGUUGAAGAGCACCUCCUCCACCAACAAAUCUCUCGACGCUUCGCGCAAGCAAUCCGGCAGCCCCGUUGAUGGCCAGAACAAGAAGCAGCAGCCACCCAAGGCCUGGCAGGGCCCCAACCCCAUCACCCAACGGGCCUCCAAUAACCUCCCCAACGGCAACGAGAAGCCUCUCCCAAAGCUCCCUCCACAAUCGCAGUCUCAGCAAGCAAAGGCCUCCACCGACCUCCACGCCGAUAAGCACGCACACGACCGAACACUAUACCUCUUCUCACAUUUCAUCGGCAAAGAUGUUACCCUUGCACUCAAGAAUGGCGAGCAAUUCGCCGGUGUCUUCAGUGGAGCCUCGCUCGAGACGAGCAAGCCGCAAUACGUGAUCAAGAUGGCACGAAGAACAAGCACGCCGCAACAGCAAACAAAUGGCACGAACGAUAGCAACGAAUAUAUCGGAGAAGGAGAAGACCAUGUGAUGAGCUUCGAUAUCCAAGAUACAAUCGAUUUGGCUGUGCAGGAUGUUAGCACGACUGCCGCGACACCCCACCAAAAUGGCUCGAUCGAGGCUUCGUUCCUCACAGACACGCAAAUUUCCAGCCGAGACCCAACGAUGCCACGCGAGCGUGACCUCCAACGCUGGGAGCCAGGUCCGGAUACGGAGAUUGACAUGUCGCUGGAGGCCUCCGGCGACACAACUUGGGACCAGUUCGCUGUCAAUGAGCACAUGUACGGUGUGCAAUCCACCUACGACGAAGACAUCUACACCACGACCAUCGAUCGCAGCAGAGCCGACUACAAGAAGCUGGAAGCCAAGGCAGAUCGCAUUGCCCGUGAGAUCGAAGGUUCGGCACCUUCAAAUGAACAUGUCGCAGAGGAAAGGCGGAAAGACGCGCAUCGUGACGAUGCUGGCGAUGAGGAAGAGAAGUACUCUGGGGUGAGGCGUGAGUCCAGUCUCCCGAAGCGGGCGGCUGGUGCAUAUGUCCCGCCAUCACAGCGACCGAUUACCGGCACACCAACCGUACCCGGCGCUCCAUUCGAUCCCGCCAUCAUCUCCAGCUCGAUCGCUAAGCCAGCGAUUGCAUCCGCUGAGACAUCGGGACCGUCUGCUCCACCAGCAACUGCGGAUGUCACUACCGAAGGCAACGCUGCAGCUGCCGUGACGCAACCUCCGAAGAAGAGAGAGAACACCACGGAGGAUCGAGUCAGAGAUACCGCAGAUGCUUUCAAGCACUUUGCCAACACCGAGAAGCUGCGGCUUAGGCAAGCCGCAGAGGCUAAGCGCGCAAAUCAGCGCCAGGAGAAGAACGUCAAGCUCAACGAUUUGAAGAAGUUCGCUGCCAACUUCAAGCUGAAGAGUCGCGUGCCCGACGAUCUUGUUCCUAUCCUGGCUAAGGACCGCGAGAAGCAACUCGAGAUCCAAGCCAAGGCUGAUCAAGCCGCAAAGGAGGAAGAGGUCACCAAGACCAAGGACAAGGUGACCGAUAAAGCAGCAAGCGCUGUUUCACCUGCUACCUCCGUCGCUACAGCCCAACCUGGAGCUGCAUCGGCCGUCGAGCAACGUACACCAUUCAAUCAGCACCGCGCACGCGUAUCGCAACAGGUUCGUCAACAGCUUCCUGGCCAAGGGGCAUCUCCUCGCGCACCUUUGAGCCAGCGCAUCCAGGGCAACCAAUUCUUCAAUAACAGGCAGGGCGCACCACAGCCUCUGCCUGCCGAUCUGCGCAUCCCACCUCCUGCACCACUUGCCUCGGCGGACAUGCCGAUGAGCCCAAGUUCUGCGACACGAUUGAACGUCAACGCAAAGGCGUUCGAAUUCCGUCCCGGCGCUUCAGCGUUCACGCCAACUGGCACUUCUCCAAGCCCGCAACGAACUGGUAGUGCCGCCGCGUCGCCAUCCGAUAGCUCGUCCCCGUUCUUCGCGAAGAAGUCGAAAGCAACCAAGGGCCCUAAGCCAUGCUUCAGCGCGGUCAGGAGAAUGAAACAAGCCGAGUACACCGAACAGGAGAAGAAGAAGUUCGCCUCGAACGGUGGCUUGCCGCAGGCCUACAACACUCUUCCAACGUGGCCCACUUCCAAAGCCAACGAGAACAAGAUGUUCCGAGAGACCUUUCCUCAAGGACAAGCUCCCAGUCAUGGCCCUUCGCCGAUGCAGACGCCAAACCCUAACGGUCAGAUGCCACACGCCCAUCAAUUGCCGCCUCAUAUGCAGGGAGGACCCAACAUGUCCGCACCGGCUCCACGACCGCAGUACUACCCUCAGCCAGGCCACGGCCACGGACCUUCGUUCGACCCACGAAUGCAGCCCUCCUUUGGUCCAAACGCUUCUGUACAGAACUCGCCGCGCGCUCAGCAGAUUCCUGUGGCUCCAUUCAAUGGACAGAUGCCGCCGAUGCCAGUCCAGCAGUACCCCGGCCAGCCUGUGCCUGGAUAUGGAAUGAGCCCUUCGAUGCAAUACAGACAGCCAUCGAUGCAAGGUGGUCCACCAAUGAUGAUGCCCGGUCAGAUGGGCGGACAGAUGGGUCCAAUGCAACCGGGAUACCCUCCAAAUCCCCAAUUUCGUGGACCCCAGAUGGGCGGACACAUGAUGGUACAGCAACCAUCGCAAGGCUACGUGAACGGACCAAUGCCACAGCAAGGGUACUCGCCGAUGCCACCUCACGCCCAACCGCACAUGCCUCACAUGCAGCAACAUGGCGGCCCAGCUGGCUACUCUGGAAGCCCUCGCCCAACUAUGAUGCAGCACACCGGCUCUCACCAGGGCUUCCAGCCGGGCAUGCCGAUGCAACCGCAUUUUGUCCCUUCGCCGGGUCAACCUCACCCAUAUCACCUGCAGCAACACCGUGCGAUGUCGGGAGGCUAUCCACAGAUGACUCCCCGCCAGCAGAACGCUGUCCCGAACCACUCAAGCCCAGGAAUGGGCGGAGUUGCAACGCAAGGUGACGAAGGCAAAUGA